AUGUUGCAAGAAGGUUUUGAGAGAAAUUCAGAGGGUUUUAUAGUUGCUACAAAUGCCUGUAAAGGGGGAUGGGCCAAGGAGAACAGAAGUAUUUUUCUUUGUGAUGAACCUACCCCACUCUGGGCAGACUUCCAACUAGCUUCCUUGCGUGCACUUUUAGCAUCUUUUCUUUCACCAGGUCCUGUUUGCCAGCCAUAUUUAUCCCUUGGUCUGGAACUUUUUCUUGGAGGCAUGCAAGAAACUGGGUCACGCCUUUCUGAAUAUUGUAAACAUUCCCUUCUGACCCUUGAAGUGCUCAUACAUCCACGGACCCUUCCAUUGGUAGAUUUCUCUUCCACCAUUGAUAACUACGAAGGUCUGAGCAGCAAGUUUCCAAAGAAUAUUCCCUUUCAGACCAGGACUCUUGGAAAAGAUAUCGUUGAGCCUGAAUCAGAUGAUGAACUAUAUAAAAUGGGCUUGAAAGAAAUGAUGAAAUGGAAGAAGUUCAAGGGUGUCGUUUCGGCAUCUGGUACCACUGAGAGAAUUGCAUUCGAUAGGGACGAUGUUAUGGUUGAAUUCCAAGAAACAAAUAGUGCUGAUGGUGACCAUCUUGGAGAACAUGCGCCCAAUAGAGUGGCUGGAGAUUAUCAUGAAGGUCAUACGAGUAGGAUAGUUUUCAAAAAUGAUGCAUUAGAUCCAAUCACUAAGAUAGCUCAGGUUUCUAACGAUACUGCAAUGAAGAGUGAUAUACAUGAAGCAAAUGCUGAAAAGAAUGUGUCGGGAGCCAAAGAUGGCGGAUUCAGUACUUAA